CACAGAAACAUCAGAAAGAAGAGAGGGAAGAGCUCUUCUCAAGUGGAAGAACACUUUAUCCAAUAUCCAUGUUCUUCAUUCAUGGUCCAUUGUUAAUCUUGACAACAUUUGUUGGAACUGGACAGGCAUCAACUGCAACAAUGUUGGAGUUGUUUCCGAGAUAACGUUGGACAAUUUCAACCUUUCAGGAGGUAUUCCAGAAUCACUAUGCAAUCUUCAGCAGUCACUCGAAGUGAUACUUUUAUCCAACAACAAUUUGGAUAGCCCAAGCCCAAUUCCUCCGUGCCUGGGAAAAUUGAAAAAGUUGACAACUCUAAGUGUUUCCCAAAGCCACCUUCAAGGAACCAUAACUCCAACUCCAACAAUUAGAAUUGGCACAAAUCAAACAAUAAAUUCCAGUUUGACUUAUGGAAUGGAUGCAUGGUUGUGCAAUUUGAGUUCCCUGCAGUUUCUUGAUCUCUCUGACAACCAUUUGCACGGUCCAUUACCUCCGUGUUUAGAGAACUUCAGCAGUGAUCUUAGGGUUAUAAAUUUAGCAAGAAAUCUAUUUGAGGGAAGUAUCUCAGGAAUAUGCACAAAGGGAAGCAACUUAUUGGAGUAUUUCAAUUUGAAUGGCAAUAACUUGGACGGGUCACUACCACUAGGCUUGGUAAAUUGUACAUCUCUUAAAUUUUUAGAUCUUGGGAACAACAAGUUACAUGAUUCAUUCCCUUAUUGGUUGGAUACUCUUCGUAAUUUGCGCGUUCUUGUACUGAGAUCUAAUCAUUUUUAUGGAGAAAUAUGUACUUCUAAUACUACACUUCCAUUCACAAAGUUGCACAUAUUUGAUGUCUCAGACAAUGAGUUCACUGGUCCUUUGCCAAGAUAUUAUAUGGAAAACUUUGAAGCCAUGCAGCGUGAAAUUGAUAAUGAAAAGUUGUAUUCUUUUGAAGCUUCAAUAAGCCUAGUGUGGAAAAGGGUGGAGCUUCUAGUGGUACAUUAUAAUAGUUGCACAUUUCUUGAUUUAUCCAAUAACUACUUCCAUGGUGAAAUUCCAAAAUCUUUAGGAUGGCUUCGUCUCAUCAGGUUUCUCAAUUUAUCACACAACCAGCUCACCGGCAACAUUCCAUCAUCACUGGGGAAUUUAACCUUUCUUGAGGCACUCGAUCUGUCGUCAAAUAAACUAGUGGGUGAGAUUCCAAAACAACUUCCAAGAUCACUGACAUUUCUCGCUGUACUGAAUCUUUCUUAUAAUUAUCUUUCUGGUCCUAUACCUAAAGGCCAACAAUUUGAAACAUUUAGCAACGAUUCCUAUUUGGGAAAUGCUGCUUUAUGUGGAUUACCACUAACGUUACAAUGCCAAGGCAAGGGCGGAGGGGAAGCGCCAAAUGUGAAGGAUUCACAAAAUUCCCGAGUUGGAUUUGGCUGGCAAAGUGUUGUUGUGGGAUACUUCUCUUGUGCACCUUUUGGUAUUGCCCUAGGAUAUCUCAUGUUUAAGCAUGGAAAACCUCGAUGGCUUGUAAGGUUAAUACUUGGGGACUAAAAGUGGAAGUGCAAUUAUCAAGAAAGAUCGGUCAUAAGAAGCAAUUAAUUCAGCAAUCUUGAUGCAAUAUAGUAUCUCUAUCUCUUAUUAUUAUAUGUUUGUGGUUUUUGUUGCUUUUUUCUGUUGUACUGUUGUGUGAUUGUAGUUUGUGGGG